AUGCAGAUGGAAGACUUACUGUCAGUCAAGGCAGAGAUGGAGGCCGCUGUUGAUGAAGCCCAGGACAGCCUGCCACAGGCGAGGUACAACACAGGGAUGUUGAAGUUCCUCUGCCUACGGAUGAAGGCAUUGAGAAGCCUACAUCCUGCUGUGCUCACCAGGGUGCUGGAACAUUCUAGUCAAGAAUACCUGGUCAGUGUGAAAGAUGCAGCAGUGCAGGCCUCAGCACUGGUCAAGGGGCACACAAGGCCACUCCAAAUUGGCACAUAUUACAAAGUGGACGACGUUCAGGACAGGGUGAGACAGUUCUGCGAAAUAACAGAUGCCUGCUUGCCUGAGUUGGGCAUGGAAGCUGUUGGGGGAGAAAUAGAGACAGAACUAGCUGCCGCCUGCGAGAAGGAUAUGGAGUACAUGCACUGGUACCUGACUUGCAUACUGGAAGGAAGUGAUGCUGGCGCUGACCUAAAGCUGUCUGAGGGGGAGUUGCAGGAUUUGAAGGAGUUAAUUAACAGUCAGAGAGUUCGAAUGGAGUUUGUGAACAAAAUACAAGAGGAAGACAUUGAGGCAGCAGAAGACAUCGGGGAGGGGGGCUUUGGAAAGGUGGUGAAGGCCCGCUGGAAUGGUAUGGACGUUGCUGUGAAAAAAAUGAUGAAAGAACUCAGCCCAGAGGCGCAGGCGGAGUUUUACCACGAGGUCGAGCUGCACAUUCGGCUGAACCACCCACAUGUUGUGCGCUGCUAUGGGGCGAUCUCAUCCAGUGCCAUUGUGAUGGAAUUGGCGUUGGCCAAUUUGGAGCAGCUGUGCUGGGGAAGCGACUGGACCUGGGGCCAGAAGGUUCUGUUGAUGCUGGAUGCCUGCAAGGGGCUGGCGCAUCUGCACAAGUCUGGUGUUGCGCACAGGGACAUCAAAACAUCCAAUUUCUUGGUGUUCAAAUCCCAAACAGAGAACAAGUAUGUUGUGAAGAUUUGCGACUUUGGGCUUUCAGUGGCGAAAGCAGAGACACGGUCAAAGACAGGGCGGCCACGUCAAGGAACUCGCUUGUGGAUGGCCCCAGAGGUCAUUCGUGGUGCCCCACACAGCUUUGAAUCUGACAUGUUCAGCUUUGGACUGGUCCUAUUUGUGCUUGCAACUGUGUCACCGCCCUACAGAGGGAUAACUGAACCGGCAGCAGAUUUGAAGAAGGAAGCUGGCAAAGACCCUUGUGUCAUCCCAGAAGAUUGCCCCAAACCACUGACAGAGCUUAUGAGGCGCUGCAUUUCGCCUGCAUCCAGUCAGCGGCUCACGAUUACCGAAGCUGAGAAUGAGUUGGAGGCCAUUCUAAAGUUCUACCUUCCAGAGAUGGAUACUGCUUGGCAGCAAGCUUCCUAUCAAGAGGUAGGAACCAGUGGGGCAGCUAGAGCAAAGAAGGGACUCCGUUUGGCAUCCCCAACCGAGAUGGGAGACCAAGCUGAGGAGCAAGUGAAAGGGCUAAGAAUGAAGCUGUCACGGGUGGCGACUGCCAAAUUCUGCAAGCAAGUCCGGGGGCCUAGCAUAGCUGUCUGCAUUCCCACACAAGUGGAUGCCAUUGGACAGAAACAAGAUGUGGCAAUGGUCAAGAAGAUGCUGCUGAGCGGCAACACCACAUAUGUGGCCAUCAUCGGCAUGGGUGGGGUUGGCAAGACCACCCUUGCCCGAUGUCUGAUCCACGACAAAGAUGUGAUGAAGAGGUUCCGGAAAAAUACAGAAAGAUGUCUUGGUGUGGGGUUUGUUACCAUAUCGCAAUACCCUGAUAUGUUGGAUCGUCUGAAGAAAAUAUGGGAAUGUUUUUUUGGAGAAAAAGAGGAAUUUGCCAAUGUUGAAGAGGGUAGAUGGAAGUUGGAAGCAAAGUUGCAAGACAAAACCUUUUUCCUAGUGAUGGACGAUGUAUGGGAUGAAACUGACAUGGUUGGGCUUGAUGUUGCACCGCCAAACAGCCGGGUGCUAAUAACUUCGCGAAAUGACAAAGUUGCACGUGUUGUGGUAGCUCAGUGCUAUGAUGUGACGCCUUUGGACAAUGAGGCAUCCCAUCAACUGUUUUGCAAGCACGCAUUUGAUGAUGGCAUGGCCCAAAAAUGGCAAGAGCGUUUCAUCCCCGCCAUCGUCGAAAAAUGCGAUGGACUUCCCCUUGCAUUGGAGAUAAUGGGAAGGGAGGCUCGGUCAUUCAAAGAGCGACAGCAAUGGCGUGAUGCAGUGGAGAUCUUGGCAGAAACCGAGGUGUUGAGGAAUCAAGUGUUUGACCAUGUGUUUGGUUUGAGCUUCAACAGGAUGCAUUCUGUGCACCAGGAGGUGUUGCUGGACAUGGCUAUGCUACCUGAGGACUACCAAGCAAGGGCUACAGACAUGGUUGAGUUGCAACUCAGCAUUGGAUUGUGCGCUAGGGAGCAUACUGCACGAGAAGUUCUCAGGACUCUGGCGGACAAGGCAUUGUUGAGGCAGGAUGGCAACGAUGUUUCUGAAGUGCCAGAAUUUCAACGAUCUCGCUUUGGGGUCCGUUACUACUUGCAUGAUGUCAUCCGUGAAAGUGCUCUGCACACCAUCGCCAAGAAAUCAGUGUUGGAGCGGGAAAGGUUGGUGUCAUCACAUCUGAGACAGGGCACUUGCAGGGGUCAGGCACUGGUGGCGACAAAAUUUUCUACCAGCCAGAGAAUAAGUACUGACCAGGCGUGGGCCUUGCAGGAGCUGGAGAUGCCAGAGUUGAAGGCUCUCAUGUUGCGGGAUGCAGGGAUAUCAGAGCUGCCACCAUCUCUUUUCACUGCUCGGUUGUUGGCAGUUGACCUAACAUCUUCGGGUAUCGCUGAGCUGCCAUCUGAAAUAUCGUGUCUCCAAUCUGCAAAACUGCUCAGGCUGGAUUACUGCGAUAAGUUGGUGCGCCUUCCAAGUGAAGUGGGUGGAAUGUCGCAGUUGCGUGUGCUGUCCAUGAGGGAGUGCAAAAGCAUCUACGAAAUCCCAGAAUCCUUGGGGAACCUGUUGCUGCUGACCAAGUUGCUUAUUCCAGAAUGCGGAAUUGUAUUCUUGUGCUGCCCUGAUGUGAAAAUGUGGCGCAACUUGACCAUGUUGGAUUUGAGCGAAUGCACGGCCCUCAGGCAGUUGCCAUCAAAUAUUGGAGAGUUGGUGAGUUUGACUGCCCUAAACUUGGGUGGUUGCAUCCAAUGUGCAUGCUUGCCAGAUAGUAUUGGUCAGUUGGGACAGCUCGAAGUGCUGAUUUUGCACAAAUGCUGCAGCCUCACAGAACUGCCAGACGCCAUGGCCAACCUUGCUAAUAUGCAGGAGUUGGACGUCCAGUGGUGCCCACGGCUGGCGGGCAUCCCCAAUACUAUUGGGAGGGGCUGGUCGAUGCUGAGGAUUUUGAGGCUUCAGGGAAAUAGCCACAUGACUUUUCCAGAGUUUGUUGAGGAUUUAGAAUGUCUAGAGGUGUUGGGACUUGAUAAGAAAUGCGCGAUUCCUGCUGCUUUCAAAGGGAGACUUGAAGAUCAGAAAAUAGUACUGGAGAUUAGCGUGACGGAGCUGUGUGAGGACUGCGCGGGUGACUACAUUCCUCUUCACUGGGGUGCACAGAAUGGCAUGGAUGAGAUGGUCAAGUUCCACUUGAGUGAAACAAAUGUGGACUUGGAGGACUUGAUUUCCUGGACGGCCCUCAUGUAUGCAGCUGGCAGCGGUCACACCAGCACCGUUGACCUGCUAUUGAAACACAAUGCGUGUGUAAACCACAUUGACGAGGGAGGCUCAACGGCCUUCAUACGGGCAGCUGAGGGCGGUCACACAAGCACCGUCGACCUGCUAUUGAAACACAAUGUGUCGGUAGAACAGAGAGACGAUUACGGCUCGACGGCCCUCAUGGCGGCAGCUGGCGGCGGUCACACCAGCACCGUUGACCUGCUAUUGAAACAUAAUGCGUUGGUAGACUGGGCUACCUUGUACGGCUGGACGGCCCUCAUGGAGGCAGCUUUGAAGGGUCACACCAGCACAGUUGACCUGCUUUUGAAACACAGUGCGUCGGUAGGCCGAGCCACCGAGGACGGCUCGACGGCCCUCAUACGGGCAGCUGGGGGCGGUCACACCAGCACCGUUGACCUACUAUUGAAACACAAUGCGUCAGUAGACCAGGUUGACAAUGACGGCUCGACGGCCCUCAUACGGGCAGCUGGCGGCGGUCACACCAGCACAGUUGACCUACUGUUGAAACACAAUGCAUCGGUAGACCGGGCUACCAAGGAUGGCCUCACUCCCCUUAUGAUGGCUGCAAAGCGUGGCCACCAUGCAGCAGCUGAGUUGCUACGGAGGCAUGGAGCAAGCUCGGCCUCUACUGACAAGGUCACAUAG